AUGGCAUUUAUAAUAUAUUUGCUUCAGCUGGUGUUUUAUGUGAAUAUGCUGUAUGUAAAUUGUGUUUGUAUAUUAAAAGCCUGUUUAAAAAAAAUCAACGAUGAUCUGAAUUAUAUGCAAAGACUCAUGACAAAUGACAUGAAACCAUCCGUUUCUAGUUUAAUUUGCUCAACACGGAAAAAUCAAAUUUUUUUGAUACAACUUAAAACUUUGAUGAAACAGCAUUUAAUAAUUAACGAAACUGUGCAAUGGCUAAACAUAAUCUUCAGCGCGCAACUUCUUGCAACUGUAAUCGUGACCUUUGCUCAAAUUACUUGUGAACUGUAUUAUUUUAACGUGCGCUGGCAAGGCGAGGUAAUCAUUACUCUUGAUCGAAAUUUUCUUGAUGCGUUUUUAACAACCAUGGUGCAUUACUGUAUGAAAGUAAUUCUAAUUGUAUGGGCCUGCGAGACUGGCAAAAAUCAAGCCCAAGAGAUUGGUACUACCAUUUACGACGUACUUAAUAGCACAAGAGAUAUGCAAAUCAAAAGCGAGUUGCAACUAUUCUGUUUGCAAAUACUGCAUUGCAAAAAUACAUUUUCGACAAAAGGUCUCGCUAUGGAUGCGACGCUUCUCGCAGCAAUGGUGGGUGGCAUCACAACAUAUACGUUAAUUAUGAUACAAUUCCUGAUCACGGCACAUUCUUGUGAUGAAACAUUUGGAAUUAGUAUUACAAAUAAUUCAAGACGUAACUAG